CAGCUAUGAACCAGAAGAUCCGUCUUAUACAGAAAGAGUAAUGCCUUCCACUAGCAGAAAAACCGACGAGGACUGGAUCAAAAAAGUGAGGGAUCGUGUAAAGUCAGCGUGCCCCGUGCACCAUGCUGACAAGCCAUGCACCAUCUUCAAGGUCCCCGAGCACAUUCGGCAAUUGGCACCUAAAGCCUACGAACCAGUGAUUGCUUCCUUGGGACCUUUUCACCACCACCUAUAUGCGAGUUGUGUCAUUACGGACCACAAGUGGCGGUGUGUCUGGCACCUUCUAUCGCGUCAUGAAAGUCAAGAGUAUGCAGAUAAAUUGUUGGAUGAGUGCUUGAUGGAGUUGAAGGAACGGGAUGCCGAGGUCCGGAACUGCUACUCUGAGGUGCUCCCUCGACGGCUGGAUGCCCAAAACUUGGCAUUGAUAAUGUUGCUUGACGGGUGCUUCAUCAUUUAUCUCAUGCUAAAAAUGCAUGCGAGGAUAGAAUCGUCGAGGGAGCAAGUGAAAAAGGAUCAAGAGCAGGACGACACGGUGGGAAAGUUGGAAGAUAAGACAGGCAAGGAGGGUGAGGACAAGAAGAUGAAAGAGUGUACGACUGAGGCAGGGCAAGGGGAGUUGGUCUUAACAAUUGAUCAGGAGAAGGAGAAACUGCCUCCGGACCCAACCGUGGCAGGGUUAUUCACUCUUGAUUUAGUGAUUCAUGAUCUGUUGAAGCUUGAGAACCAAAUUCCUUUCGACAUCAUCCAAUUGCUAUUCGAUAAGCUUAAACCAUGUGAGGAUGAAAAGAUUGAUCUUGUCGACCUUGCCCUCCAACUCUUCAAAGACAUCCAUCCCAAUGAAUCCAAAUCAUUCAAGAAAAAGUCUCCCAGGGAAUACCAUCAUCUGCUUCAUCUAUUCCAUUCAUCUCGGAUCACUUCAGAAAAGCUAGUGAAGUCUAAGUGGAAAAAGGCAGAAGUUGCUUCUUCGCAGGGAUCGACACAAGGGACUCUAACGUCUGCACCCAAGUGGAUUCCUAGUGCGAUAGAGCUCGGCAGGUGUGGGGUGAAGUUCAAGAGGAAGGAACCGGCAGAUAAUUUCUUGGACAUAACAUUCGAGUGGAGGAAGAUAAAGGUCACGCCAUUGUUCUGCCUCUUGAAGUUGUGGUUGAUGUUUAGGAGUGGACGGAUGGAGAUACCACCACUACAAAUUUAUGACUAUACCGAUGCACUAUUCCGAAACCUCAUAGCUUUUGAACAGUGCUAUUUCGACACUGAGAUGUAUAUCACAAUAUACGCACUUUUCAUGGAUUGCAUCAUCGAUCAGGCUGAGGACGUCCGAUUGCUUCACUUGGAAGAUAUAUUGGAACACAAACUAAGCAAUGAUCAAGCAGUGGCAGAACUCUUCAAUAAGUUGGGCUGUCAGAUACGCUUUACUUGGAAAAAGAACUACCUUACAAAUCAGAUUAUGAAAAUAAACAAUUUUUGUGACUCUAGAUGGCACAAAUGGCUUGCUGCAUUGAGGCGAGACUAUCUUGGUAAUCCAUGGGCUAUAAUUUCAGUUUUGGCUGCGUUCAUUCUUCUCUUGCUGACCACCGAGCAGGCAGUAUUUUCUGCUUUAUCCUAUCAUCACUCUUGAUAGGUGUUAUCAGCCUGCUAUUCUAUGGAAGCAUGGAUCAAGAGACAAAGUAGAUGUUGGAUAAAGAAAGGAUUCCCUACAAGCAUGGAUAUUGGAAAAUUUCUUGGUUAUCUGGGAGGACAAGAAAAUAGAUGGUUACAAGUGGUUGCUAGGUAGUGCGGAUAAAUUAAAGGGGUUGGGCUGUUAUGGGCCUUGUAAAAAAUAAUUUGCCGUAAUGUAUCAGGGUCGCUGUGUUAUUUGCUUGGAAGUUAGCUGAUGGCUGUAAUGUGGUGUCAAGGUUCUAGCACAUGGAAUUCGAAUUAAAUUCUGUUCUUA